AUGGACGCCGAUACGAAAGAGUUGACGCCCAUGGAGUCAGCCAGGUGGGAUGUCUCCGGGGACCGGUCACCUUUUCCGGAGGUGCAGGCUUGUGUGUCGACGGGUGAUGAUGUGGAGUUGGAGGUCAAUACGUUCCGAAUGUGGUUCCUGACGACAAUUUUCGUGAUACUGUUUUCGGGAGUCAACGUAUUUUUCUCACUACGCUAUCCAAGUCUGUCACUCAACUACGUUGUGGCCCAACUCCUCGUAUUCCCCAUUGGGCGGCUAUGGGAGCGACUUCCUACGUGGAGGGUCGGUUUUGGACGAUGGAGGUUCAGGAUAAAUCCCGGACGUUUUCACGUUAAAGAACACGCCAUCAUCGUGAUAUGCGUAAAUCUGACGAACAGUACGGCUUAUGGUAUGAACUCGCUGGUCGCCAUGACUUCGAAGGAGUAUUGGGGAUUGGACUAUGGGGCUGGUUUCGGAGUGUUGUAUAUUUUUACCAGUCAGGUUCUUGGGUUUGGGCUGGCGGGUCUUGCACGGCGGUGGAUCGUGUAUCCUGGCGCCAUGAUCUGGCCGUCUUCACUCGCUUCGACUGUUCUGUUUCGCGCUCUACACGAGCCUCAGAAUCGGAAUCCUGCAAAUGGAUGGGUAGUAACACGUUAUCGAUUCUUCCUCUACGUCGUCGCAGGGAGUUUUCUCUGGUACUGGUUCCCAGAUUAUAUUUGGACAGGCCUCUCUUCAUUUGCCUUUUUCACUUGGAUAUGGCCGAAUAAUCAGAAAGUCAACGCGUUGUUUGGGAUGAGCAGCGGUCUUGGUCUCCUUCCGAUUUCGUUCGACUGGACGGUGAUCAGCUAUGCUGGCCAGCCGCUGACGACGCCCUUCUGGGUGACGGCGAACUCGUUCGCGUCGGUAGCAUUAUUUUAUUUCGUUGUUGCUCCUAUCGUACGUAUUUCAUUCUUAUCUGUCUGGACCCAGUGUGUUCUUCCGCUCCUCUCGAGCUCGACAUUCGACAACACGGGAGCAUCUUACAACGUCAGCAAAGUCGUCAAUUCAGAUCUGUCGUUCAACCUCGAGAAUUAUAAAGCGUAUUCUCCAAUGUAUAUCGCUAUGACCUACUCGAUCUCGUACGGGCUUAAUUUCGCCGCUAUCACUGCCAUUCUGAUACAUACCUAUCUGUACAACGGGGCUGAAAUAUGGGCGAAGUUUCGAAAUCCUGCGAGUGGUGGCGAGGACAUCCAUAAGCGGCUUAUGAGCAAGUAUAAGAACGUCCCAGAGUGGUGGUAUAUGGUCCUGACUGUGGUCACCCUCGGCUUGGGUAUCUUUACUACACGAUACUGGGACACACAGUUGCCUGUGUGGGGCUUCAUCGUCGUGGCCUGGGGUAUCGGCGUAGUGAUGAUGGUGCCGGAAGGGAUAUUGGAGGGCGCUACGAACCAGAGGAUAUAUCUUAAUAUCAUCACGGAACUCAUCGCGGGAUAUAUAUGGCCUGGGAAGCCACUUGCAAAUAUGAUGGUCAAAAUCUACGGAUAUAAUAUGGUCAAACAUGGCAUGGACUUUGCGCAAGAUCUCAAGCUCGGCCAGCCCACGACUCCUUACAGGAAAGUUAGCCCUCGGAUUCUCUUCUGGGCGCAAAUAUACUCCUCAAUUCUGUCAUGUAUUACUCAAGUUGGAGUCUUCCGGUGGAUGCUCGGGAACAUAGAGGACUUAUGUAGUCCGACAAACAAGAAUCGGUUCACGUGUGCUGGGACGAAGGUGGUUUACAAUGCGAGUAUUAUAUGGGGGACGAUUGGACCACAAAGGCUGUUUCAGAGGGGGCAGACGUAUACGCAGUUGCCGUGGUUCUUCCUCAUCGGCCCCGCGCUGGUCGUCAUCUUCUACUUUUUAUAUAAACGCUAUCCCAAGAGCUGGCUGCGUUAUGUCCAUCUGCCUAUCUUUUUCUUUUCUUCUAUAGCUCCAGCGAACACUACACAAUUUUCGCUCUGGUUCAUCACUGGCUUUGUAUUCAAUUACUACAUCCGUCGACGCGCCUUCGCAUGGUGGAAGCGUUACAACUACCUCCUUUCCGCCGGACUCGACACCGGUGUAGCCUUCGCCACCAUCAUCAUAUUCUUCGCUCUCUCCUACAACAAAAUCUCCUUUGACUGGUGGGGUAAUACUAUCGAGACAAUGGACACAAAGUCGACACCUUGGAAAAAGGUUAUUAAAGGACAGCAUUUUGGGCCUGGAUCUGGGGAGUUCUGA